GAGUUUGAGCGAUAAUUGGACGGUACUUGAUUGAGUAACUGCGUUAGAAAAUUUCCUCCUGCUGAAAUGCCUAAAAAAAAGAAGUUCAUUGACAAAAAAAAAGCUGUAACUUUCCACUUGGUGCAUAGAAGCCAAAAGGAUCCUUUACAAGCUGAUGAUGAAGCUCCCAAAAGGGUUUUACUGCCAACUGAAAAAGAAAAAUUGAAUGCUCGUAAGGAAGAACAAUUGAAAUAUGGCAUAAACUUCGAAGAUGAGUAUGAUUAUAUGCAACAUUUAAAGGAGUCUAGGGAAAUACACAAUGUUGAGAUGGAUGGUAUUGACCACUGGAUUGCCGAAUCAAAUGAGAAUGAGUCCACAUUAAAUAUUAAGCUACCGUCCAAACUCUUUGGAUCUAAUAUGGAAACUGAUGUUGGAAUGUUAAACAAGGCAGCACCCGUUUCUGGACCUCGUUUGGAUUUGGAUCCCGAUUUAGUAGCAGCAAUGGAUGAUGAUUUUAAUUUUGAUGAUCCAGACAAUCAGUUAGAAGAUGAUUUCAUUUCUAAGGCAAAUUGUGAAGAAGGAGCAGAAGAAGACGAGGGGGAGUAUGACGAAUGUGAUAUGUCCAGCGAUUUUGGAGAAGGAGACGAUUUUUUUGAUGAAAAGAGCUUUGGCGGUGAAACCUUCCGAACAUCGAAAUCUAGGUUUACAGAAUAUUCUGUAAGCAGCUCAGUUAUGCGUCGUAAUGAAGGAUUAAGCAAUCUAGAUGACCGGUUUGAAGAGCUUUUUGACCAAUACGAUGACGACGAGAUCGGAGCUUUAGAUCAGGAGGAAAUCCAGGGUAAUUUAGGAGAGGACAAUUUAGUACUGAAAGCUGCUCUGGAAGAAUAUGGAGAAGCGAUGGAAGCUAAGGAACGAACUCUUAAAGAUGAGGUUCGAAUCCCUAAAACUCUCAAUUAUCAGGAUUCAGAUGAAGAAUUUAUAGCUGUUGAAGUUGAAGAAGAGGACAAGGGCGAAAAAUGGGAUUGUGAAACGAUACUAACAACAUACUCAACGAUAUAUAAUAAUCCAAAAGUUAUUGAUGACAAACCGAAAAAAAUUCAAUUAACAAAAAGAUUAGCUGUUCCCAAUGAUGCUCUUCCUUCACAAAAUCGCGCAACAAAUCGUCAAAAAGAUAAGGAUAUAUACAAACCAAACUUUGACAAAGCUUGCACUGUUAGAAAUAAAGAAGAAUCUGCCGAAGAACGCAAAGCAAGAAAGAAAGCUAUAAAGGAUGAGCGGCGCGAAAGAAGAAAAGAGAAAAAAGACACUAAACUUACAUUCAAAUCGGAAAAAUUAAAACAGCAGUCAGAAAUUGUCAACUUACAAAAAAAUAUUUCUGCUGUAAAAAUUGUUUAA